CCGUAAGGGCUCCUCCUCACCUCUCCUCAAUUUUCCAAUGUUCCGUUGCUCGUCUCAUCCCAUCAAACUCCCCCGUGGGAACCGCUCACUCCUUGUCGCGCACUCACCCGCAUUGCACCCCCCUGCCCUGUAUCAUGCCCGGCUGCGGCGGCUACGUCAAGCGUAGCGCGACAUAGGCAGGCGAACUCUGACAGGGGCGGCCCCUUCUGCAUCGGCCGCCGGAGCAAUAGGGGAUCUAUUCAACCCAGGGACCACCAGCAGCGUCCCGGAGCGGAGGCAUGCCACGGCCGGCAGGCCAAGGACAGCAAAGCAGCAGCGCCACAGCCCGGCCUUCGCGGCGGCGAGCGAAUGCCCCGAAGACCCGGUCCCGGAAUGGCUGCUCCACAUGCAAGGCGAGGCGGCUGAAAUGUGACGAGACGAAGCCUGCGUGCCUUGCCUGUGUCAAAAGCAACCGCCCAUGUCCAGGAUACCGCAAGGCCUUCCGCUGGUCAACAAAGCACGAAGCGUCCCUCGGCGAUCCAGACGACAGCGCGUUGGAGCUGCCAUACGCCGAGGUCAGCACUGCGCUCAAUGUCCUCUCGAGCCCCAGUAGGCAGAGCGCGCCGCGCCGCAAGACCUCGGACGCCGCCCACGACAUCAUUACCUUCUCGACGCCUUCAGGAGGUCUGACCGAACAUGAAUCAGACACCAGAGCCUCACGGCGCACGUCGACUGGCGACAUUGACGAGAGCACGCCCAACUUUGACGACUUCGUGAUCGAUGAGCUCGAACAGGCACUGGAAGAACAAGCACUGGAAGCAGCAGCGGAGCAAGUGUGGGACAUGCAGGAUGAUGUCGGCAUGCCCUUGCUGCAGCCGGCUGGCAGCGAGACUGUCUCCUCUGCGGCAGACAUGAUGGUUGUGCCCUUCAGCGACGUCGCCCUCUUGACUGGCGGCGACCGCAUCCAGAUGUCGACGACAGUGCCUCGCGGACUGCAUGACUAUUCGUCCCUACUGGUAGGAGAGUGGUUCAAGCACGUCUGUCCCAUGUUCUCGAGCUUCGACUCGGACGUCAACCUCAUGCGCAAGUUUGCACAGGAGUCCUGGACCAGGUCCGUGGCCAUCAACAGCUCGCUACAGAGCAUGGCCGCCAUCUGCCUCGCCCCGCAGAUGCCCUUCAUGCGCCGGGUCGCCGCCUCGCACCUCAACAACGCCAUCUGCGCCAUCGAGACGGACCUGCAGCUGGUCCGCAACACGGAGACGCCCCAGCUGCACACGGACUUGCUGCUGGCUCUCUGCUGUGUCGGCACUACCGCAUGCUGGGUCAACACGAGCGAUACCGUCACCCACUAUCUCAAGGAGGCCCAGACGCUUUUCCGCCGGGCUCUCAGGGGUUCAGAAGACCGCUCGCCUGCCGAGGCCCAGCGCCUGCAGUUUUUCAGCGACAGCCUAGUCUACUGGAACAUGCUCGUGUCGGUCGUGUCGGAGGACUCGGAGGACGGCGAGCCAGACGCUGCCACCGCGAGAGUGCUCUUGUCCACGCAAGACCGCGAGCAGGCUCGCAUCAUCCCUCACCCGUGGACGGGGACAUCGGCUGCUGCCCAGGCAUUGCUAGGCCGUGCCAUCCGACUCUGCCGGCUCUUCCGCCUCCGCUUCAAGCGCAACAUGAAAAUGACGGCGCUCAAUCUCGAGGCUGCGCUCGGCGAGAUACGACAGGCUCAGCAGAUUGAAGAGGAGCUGCUCGCCCUCGAGCACCCAAGCAUCGACAAGAUUGUCGAGACGGGCGACAAGCUUUCCCCGCGGUCUCACUUCUACUACGUAGCCGAGGCCUACAGGCUGGCUUCGCUGCUACAGCUCUACCAGACCUUUCCGGACCUCGUCACGAGACGCCUACCCGAGCAGGCCACCGACUCGUCGGGCUGUGUGCCUUGGGAUAAGUGGAUAGUGCCGCUCUGCCUUCGUCUUGUCGAGGUCUUGCGCCAGAUACCCGUGAGCUCAGGCACGCGCUGUAUCCAGCCGCUUCUGUACAUCACAGCCAGCACCGGCCUGCGCUUCGACCAGGCUGUCCUUGCCCAGUCUCGGGCGCCGGCUCAAAACACCCCUGUGGCCGACAUGUUUCCACUCGCCAACGAAUCAGCAGGCCUCGAGGCCAUGCAAUCGCUCUUUGGGAUCGACAGUACUAUGCCCUUCGCCGCCAGUACAGGCGUCACUGCAUUGUCCCUGGAGGUCACGCACGCGCGACAGUUUGUUCUCGGCCGCCUAGGCAUGCUCGAGCAUAGCCUGCCUCCUGCUCCGAUCCGGGUGGCACAGGAUCUGGUCAAAGCCAUAUGGGCCGCAUAUGACGCGGACUUGGAUCCGGGAAAAUACACUCAUUGGAUAGAUAUCAUGGAAAAAUCCAACCUACGAACAAUUUUUGGAUGAUUUCUGGCGGACAGAGAUCACGGCGUUUAGCACCCUAGUGCUGCUUUGAGGCGCUGUCGCUCACGCGGUCGUAAUCUCGGCGUUUGCCGCCCACAGCGACUUUUUGGUCGUAUCAUAGCACUUCACGCAUGGCGCCAGGCUUCCGAUUCGAUGUCUUGUCUUUUCCAGGUCUAAAACCUGACUCUGGCCAUGUUCCCAAUCAAGUCGGCAUCCUGGACGCGGUAUAUUGCGUCGUGAGACGGCAUAAGAUGGCCAGGCUCCCACAUCGAGCACCAAACAUACACAUCACUACGGUUUUGCCAAAAGACGUGG